GGCGCUAGUCAAAAGGGUAAACAAGGCAACCGAACAUCUAGUAUGGUAGGAAGGAGACGUGGCUCGCGAGCCAACAACGGCCCACAGAAGCCCCAACAGCAACGCAGGACUCUGAGGGAGCCAGCAUCAUUUGCCAAGGAAACGGGAUACGAGUCAGAUGGUCCUCAUGACAAGCUGACCAUUGCCCAGGCCAAGAGAGGCACGCCAGCGUUCCGUCCGGUCCGAGUCUACGCAGACGGGAUCUUCGACCUCUUCCAUUCUGGACACGCUCGUGCUCUGAUGCAAGCCAAGAACCUGUUCCCCAACACGCAUCUCAUUGUGGGAGUCUGCAGCGACAAACUCACGCACAAGUACAAGGGAUACACGGUGAUGACGGAGUCCGAGCGCUACGAAGCCCUCAUCCACUGUCGCUACGUGGACGAGGUGGUGCGCGACGCUCCCUGGACUCUGACCCCCGACUUCCUGAAGAAGCACAAGAUUGACUUUGUGGCCCAUGAUGAUAUCCCAUACACCUCUGCUGGAUCGGAGGAUGUCUAUAAACACAUCAAGGAAGCAGGGAUGUUUGUGGCCACUCAGAGGACCGAAGGCAUUUCCACAUCUGACCUCAUCACCAGGAUAGUGAGAGACUACGACCUCUACGUCCGACGGAACCUGCAGAGAGGCUACACAGCCUCUGACCUCAAUGUCAGCUUCAUCCGGGAGAAGAAAAUCCGUCUGCAGGACCAAGUAGACCGUAUGAAGGAGACCGUAAAAACAGUGGAGGAGAAGUCCAAGCAUUUUGUCUACAAGGUGGAGGAGAAGAGUCAUGACCUUAUCCACAAGUGGGAAGAGAAAUCGCGGGAGUUCAUUGGGAAUUUCCUGGAGAUGUUUGGUCCUGAUGGAGCGUGGCAUGCGCUCCAGGAGCAGAGUGGGCGUAUGCUCCAGGCCCUGUCGCCCUACGCCUCGCCAGUGACCUCGCCACGCGGUUCCCCGAGCAGCAGCCCCACCAGAUGCCGCUCCCAGUCGCCCCCCUCCUCACCCUCGCCCGGAUCCUGUUCUCCGCGUUCGUCCCGAACCUCCACCAAGGGCGCCUCCGCCCGCUCCGGUGCCUCACUCAGCGGCACGAGUGAGGAGGAGGAUGACAAGUAG